AUGUAUGUUGAUGGUGUUCUGGUGACGUUACUAAUCAGUGUGUUGCCCAUUUUUACAAUUCAGACGAAUCCGGUUUCAAUCCCCAAAGGACAGAGACAUGGGAAUAUUGUUAUUGCUGCUGUCAUUUCAACACCACUUCUGCCGGAUAAUGACGGUUUUGGUAUUUGUGAAUUAGAAGGUUUUGAUCUAAAUCCAACUGGUCCACUUGUACCAUGCAGUUUUCUUGACGAAAGGUGGAUUGAUUGCGAUGCGCCAAUGGAUGUAUCAUCAGUUCCUGAAGCUAACAAUACAAAGGUGGAUGGUGUAUGCCUCACAUGGGGUGGCACACGUUAUGAAGACGUGGAGCAAACAAAUGUGACCUGCCGAGUUCUGCCAUGCAUCGAAUGUCGUGGUCCACGUACUUUCUUGAGAAAAGUACCCUGCAUCAAAUAUACGGGUCAUUAUUUUCUCUCAACGCUGCUAUACUCAAUAUUCUUGGGGAUUUUGGCAGUAGAUCGUUUCUGUCUUGGCUAUUCAGCUAUAGCAGUUGGUAAAUUGAUGACACUUGGUGGUUUGGGAUUAUGGUGGAUUGUUGAUAUAUUUUUGCUGAUCACAGGAAGUUUAUUGCCUGCGGAUGGAUCUAACUGGCAACCAUAUUAUUAA